AUGGUUGUCUUUUCGAAUCGGAGGUAUUAACGCUCAAAAGGCUGUCCUUUUGGACACCAUUCCUGUGGGAAGCACUAUUUUUCACAAAUUUAAAAAUGUGAGCGCAUGUGCAUGGACGAAGUUCGGUGCGAGCGAAAGCCCGCGAGAGACUUCAGUCGCACCGCGGUGCUCCUACGGGCCGAUCGUAGCGCGUCUACGCCGCUACGGGCUACGAACUUCACGAGCGGCUACGAUACUACGAUACAAUGCCACAAACACAGUGAACUUUCUCCUGACACUGCGAUGUGACUUGAAUGAUGUUGUUGGCGAAACUUUUGUUCUAUGUACACUUCGGACUUGUCUUCCAUGUUGUGAUUUGUUUUAAGGACUCUGUCGAAGUUCCCCGCUUUGAAGACAGCCUGAACAACUUGACCGUGUCAUUGGGAAGAGAGGCGGUAUUCACUUGUGUCGUCAAUGACCUCGGCUCGUACAGGGUGGCGUGGCUACGCGUGGACACGCAGACGAUCCUGACGAUCGCCAGCCACGUCAUCACCAAGAACCACCGGAUCGCGGUCAACCACAGCGACCGGAGGGUCUGGUUCCUCCACAUCCAUGACGUCAGACAGUCUGACCGCGGCUGGUACAUGUGCCAGCUGAACACUGACCCUAUGAAGAGUCAGACUGCUUAUUUAGAUGUCGUAGUGCCACCAGAUAUUCUGGACUACCCCACAAGCAGCGACCAGGUGGCUCGCGAAGGUGCCAACGUGACGCUGAGAUGCGCUGCCCACGGCGUGCCCACGCCCAGCGUGGUCUGGAGGAAGGAGGCCGGUGACCUCUUGCCCACGAGCAACUUUAGUGACACACAUAGUAACGGCGCCGUCCUACACCUGGUAAAGGUGUCUCGACUACACAUGGGAGCAUACCUUUGCAUCGCUAGCAACGGUGUGCCGCCUUCAGUCAGCAAACGAGUCAUGCUAGUUGUUCAUUUUCCGCCGAUAAUGACAAUACAGAACCAACUGGUGGGCGCGAAGGAAGGAGACACCGUGUUCUUAGACUGCCACUCGGAGGCGUUUCCUCGGUCCAUCAAUUAUUGGACGAUAAACGAACAAAUCAUAUCACAAUCGGACAAAAGGUUCGAGAUAACCUCAAUAGAAAGAGGUUAUGAAGUAGACAUGAGGCUGAAAAUCAAAAAAGUGGGGAGGCACACCUUCGGCACUUAUAGCUGCAUAUCAAAGAACUCCCUCGGGGAUACGGACGGGACGAUAAAACUGUACUCUCUGUCGGGGAAGUAUGAGGAGAUGCAGUACAAUGAGGUUGGGGACUUCGACGAGACUCCUGACGUCAGCGAGUUGGAGGCACUCAAGCGCAGCGCGGGAGACCGGCCGAGAGCGCACCUCGCUCUUCUGUUAGUGCUCGCCGUGUUAUAAAGCUACUUUGUAUAUACAAAUAUAUUAUUACGAUUACCUUUU